AUGGUCCUUAGAGACAAUGGCGAAGUAGAAUCCAAAGAUGAGCGUUCGAAAGAAGACUCAAUGGAAGAAGGUAUGGAUGCCCCCACUAAAGGAGAGUUGCUUGUUGCGAGAAGAUCGUUGAAUGUUCUAACAAUGGCCGAGGAUCAAGCGCAAAGAGAACAUUUAUUUCAUACAAGUUUCUUGGUGAAAGAUAAGACUUGCUUCAAAAGGAACUUGAAGAAGUGCACCUUUUGCACAGAUAAUCUUGUUUUCCUAGGUUUUGUUGUAAGUGCAGAUGGAAUCAAGGUUGAUGAAGAAAUGGUCAAGGAAAUUCAAGAAUGGCCUAGUCCUAAGAAUGUGAGCGAAGUAAGGAGCUUCCACGAUUUAGCGGGAUUUUACCUACAAUUUGUCAAAGAUUUCAGCACCACUACCGCUCCACUUAUGGAAGUUUUCAAAAAGUACGUUGGAUUCAAGUGA